UUAAAGGGCACUGCGCAUGCGCCUCUUUCCUACACUGCUCUGUGUGUGUGAAGGGGUCGCGGUGGUAGAUAAAGAACCAAAACACACACUCUGACUCUUUAAAUCCGUUUCCUUUAAAACCGAGAUCACUUCACGAACCCUUUAAAGAUCCUGAAAUCACCAGACCGGAUGUGAGGGACUCUGUGGAAACCGUUCUUUCACAGACCGUCUACUCCACUCUAGCAGCAGGACCAGAGACAAGCUCCACAGCAGCAAUAACAUGAUGAUGAUGUACCACUGCCCAGAUUGUGGGGAGAGGUUUACUAAAAGUCAUCAUCUCAAAGAUCACGAGCGGAUCCACACAAGAGAGAAGCCGCUUGACUGCUCCCAGUGCGGGAAGAGUUUUACCCGACUACGUGCUCUCCAACAGCAUGAGUGCAUUCACACAGGACAGAAGUCAUAUCACUGCUCACAGUGUGGGAAGAGAUUUAUUUGUCAGAAUAAUCUCCAACGACACCAGCGCAUUCACACAGGAGAGAAGCCGUAUCACUGCUCCCAGUGUGGGAAGAGCUUUACUUGUCAGAGUAAUCUCCUACAACACAAGCGCAUUCACACAGGCGAGAAGCCGUUUAACUGUGGACAGUGUGGGAAGAGUUUUACUCAACAGAGUAGUCUCCAACGUCACCAGCGCAUUCACACAGCAGAGAAGCCGUAUCACUGUGGACAGUGUGGGAAGAGUUUUACUUGUCAAAGUACUCUACAAAUACAUGACCGUAUUCACACAGGAGAGAAGCCGUAUCACUGCACACAGUGUGGGAAGAGUUUUACUUGUCAAAGUACUCUCCAUAUACAUGAGCGCAUUCACACAGGAGAGAAACCAUAUCACUGUGGACAGUGUGGGAAGAGUUUUACUUGUCAAAGUACUCUCCAAAUACAUGAGCGCAUUCACACAGGACAGAAGCCAUAUUACUGUGGACAGUGUGAGAAGAGUUUCACUUGUCAGAGUCAUCUCCAACAGCAUGAGCGCAUCCACACAGGAGAAAAGCCUUAUCAAUGCUCGCAGUGUGGGAAAAGUUUUCGUCACCAGAGGGCCCUCCACAGCCACCAGCAGAUUCAUACAGGACAGAAACCAUACCUCUGCGGACAAUGUGGGCGGGGCUAUACUCAUUCAAGUUCGUUAAGGACACACAAGUGCUCUAACUUAAAGCCAUCAGAUCUUGACAUGUGAAUUUGUCAAACAUGUUUUUCAUUUUUUAAAGGGAGGCAAGGAGACAUUCAGGCAUAAAACUAUUCUGCAGUAUUCUGUUGCAUGGGACUUCAUGAUUGAAUGGUGUUUUCCUAUUUGUCCCCCAAAUGCUACAAUACCAAACAUAGAAUACACACAUUUAACCAGUGGGAAUGUCCAUUUUAAUCGAGCAAUCCAGAUCUCUGAAUGAGACACGUGACUCGGACAUCUCCCUCUAACAUGAGACUUUUCAUUUUAAAUGAUUUUUAAAUGCGAGCUAGAAUUUGCUUUUUAAAAUGUCAUGCUGUGCAUACUAUCUAACUGGACAUCUUUCCAAGCCAACAGAAGAUGGUUGUGUUUACAGGCAAUUUGAAGAGAUCAUUCUUGUCCAAGUUGCUCCGUCUUUGCAGCACCCUUUUAUCUAUAACUAACUACACUUUAUGGCCAAAAGUAUGGGGAUGCUUGACACUACACCCAUAUAUGCCUUUUGAAAAUCCUCUGAUGGAAUUGCAUCCAAUGCAUGGUCUGUUGUAGUUUUCAGAUUUACUGCAACCCUGACUAGGAUAACACACUUACACAGUAAGAUCAAUGAAUGGAUUUUUGUUGUAUAUAUGUUCCCUUAAGAAAUAAGAAAAUGUUUGUAUGACCUGCAAGUCUUAGAAUUUUAUGCAGGAUCACUAUCACAAUCGUGGAUAUGCAGUGACUGGAGCAUUGAGAGAGUACAUUACCAGGGGUCUGGGUUUGAUGACCCCCUUCACUUUAAUAAAUCACAUGUUUAAUAAUUCACCAAGUUUAUACUUUCCUUAUUAAUCAACAAAUUCUCCAUAAUGCAAAUCACAAAUGGGUUUUCUCAUAGUUAUGUAAUUUCCUUUUAAAAAUGUGAAAUGUUACAUUUAUAAAUCUUCAGAUGCUUUGUUUUGACACUCGCAGAUAAACUAAUGCAUAUUAAUCAUCCUUCAUGUUUUUCCAACUUGA